AUGUCUCUUGGUUUCGAUUAUAAAGUGCUGCUAUUAACGCAGGAUGGCGAGGCCAACGCGGACGGGAGCACCAACGCGUCCGAGUUCGAAGAACACGUUCUUGCCGGCGUGGACUCCAUCGACAAGGUGAACGAGUGGUUCGACUCCUUUGACGAAAAGGUGGCGUACCCAAACGAGGGCAAUCUACAGUACGAGGUUGGCUCUGACGGACUGAUCGUGGUGAUUGUCAAGACCCACGAGGCGAAAACACAGGUGUUGGAAUUCCUAAAUUCGCAAAACGAGACCCCGGACGUGCUGCCAUUGUACGCGAACUCGCUCAAACGCCACGACGACUCGAACUCGCCGUCGCCGCGCGUCCAUGGCGACGUGGCCGCCCAGACUAGACCAGAACCCGUGGCCAAUGACCCAAAACUCGACCAUGGCCUUGAUCCCCCUCAGAAAAACCUGCCCGUGCAAGACCGUCCCCGGUUCUUUUUGCUGGUGAUGCUGUACCUGAUCCAGGGAGUCCCCAUCGGCCUUGCGUUCGGGGCGGUGCCGUUCCUGCUCAAAUCGGGCCAACUCACCUACUCCCAAGUCGGAGUGUUCUCCUUGGCGUCGUACCCCUACUCUUUGAAACUGCUGUGGUCGCCGAUCGUGGACUCGUGUUUCUUCAAGAAAAUCGGCCGAAGACGGUCCUGGAUCAUCCCCGUGCAGACCGUUUCCGGACUCACGCUGCUGGUGCUCGGAACACUCAUCGACAACGUCAUGCUCAAUAUGAAGAAAAACCUCUACACCCUCACAUACACAUUCUUCUUUCUGAUCCUGCUGUGUGCAACGCAGGACAUUGCCGUGGACGGCUGGGCCUUGACGAUCUUGUCCAAGGAUGCGCUGAGUUACGCGUCCACGGCCCAGACAAUCGGCCUCAACACGGGCUAUUUCCUCAGUUUCACCGUGUUCCUGGCCUUCAACUCCCCGGACUUUGCCAACUCGUACCUGCGGAGCACCCCCAGUACACAGGGCGUGUUGUCGCUCGGCCAGUACAUGUCGUUUUGGGGGUGGAUCUACUUGCUGGUGACGGUGCUGAUUGCGUUGUUCGUGCCAGAAGACCCGUUGUCGGUCGACAAACACGCUUCGCCAAAGGAUAUCGAGCUCGAAGAGCUCCACAGAGACGAACACACGCGGAUUGCCGGAUCCCAGGUCCACACGGCGUACAGCGAGCCGUCGGGCAGAGCUGCGUUGAUCAGCGUGUACCAGAAGAUGUGGAACGUGAUCAAACUGAAGAACGUGAAACUGUUCAUUUUGGUGCACCUGGUGUCCAAGAUCGCAUUCCAGGCCAACGAGGCAGCAACCAACCUCAAACUGCUUGAUAAAGGGUUCUCCAGAGAAGACCUGGCCAUCACUGUGUUGAUCGACUUCCCGUUCGAGAUCAUCUUUGGCUACUACUCUGCCAGAUGGUCCACGGGAGACGAGCCGUUGAAGCCCUGGAUGUACGCUUACUUGGGCCGUGUUGUUGCGGCCGCACUGGGCCAGAUCCUCGUCUGGAGCUUCCCGCAGAGCGGCCAGGUCACCAAGACGUACUUUCUGUUUGUGAUUUUCCAGCACCUGCUCGGCUCGUUCAUGUCGACGAUCCAGUUUGUGUCGAUCUGUGCGUUCCACACCAAGAUCGCAGACCCGUUGAUCGGUGGUACGUACAUGACGACGCUGAACACGCUCUCCAAUCUGGGCGGACAGUGGCCCAAGAUCAUUGUUCUGAGUCUGAUUGACAAGCUCACGAACGCAAAGUGCCUGCCCACGAGCCCGAUGCCGCAGAACCCGUUCGAGACGGCGCCGUACUACAACUGCUACACCGCGUCGCUGAAGGACGACUGUGCGGGCCACGGCGGCGUGUGCACGACGAUCGCAGACGGCUACUACAACACAAACCUGCUAUGCAUAGUGCUCGGUAUAUUAUUGUACUAUGGAUGGAUCAGGAAAACCGUUUUGCAUUUGCAGAGUCUCCCCGUAGCUGAACGCGAGCCCGGCCAGUUUCUCGACAAAGGAGUGGAAGUGCAUCGACGUGACGAACAGCAUCCAGAACCAGAGCACGAGCAGCAGCGCGAUGUACACGAGGGGGUAGUCCUUGAGCAGCGGCGUGGCUGUUUGCAGCGACCUGGUCUCCCAGAACCGUGCUGUCGACUGCUUGAACCUGGCCCACUCUGUUUGCAGGUCCUGCAACGAGUAGAACCGGGCACACUCGAGGAUCAGCAACAUCGAGCUCAACGACAAGAUGAACACGUGGCCCGAGGGGUCGUGGCCGCCGUGCCAGCGGCCCUUGAUGGCGCGACACUUGGCGGACGUGAUGCUGCUGGAGGAAUAGAGCAACUCGUCGAGAUUGGAGCUCAUCACUUUGAACUUGCUCGUGUCGAUGGCAGCUGCGGGCGAGAUCCCCGAGCACUGGCCGCCCGUGAGAAUGAACACCUUGUCCAUGAUGGGCAGCCCGAAGAACCACUGAGAAUAGAAGAUCCACCACGCGGUUGCACAGACGUACUGUUUGAGCGACUGCUGGAGCGAGCUGGCGUUGGCAUAGCGGGACGUUGCAGGCACGCGUGCAAGCAGCAGAAAGUACACCACGGACGUCCACAGCCAGCCUUUCUUGACGAACAGCACGUUGAAGAUGUUGCGUUUGGAGGUGAAGUAGUUGGAGGUGAUUUCCGUGGGCGACGCAAUAGCAACCAGUUGGCCCAACAAAAUGGUCAAUGGGUACAAUGUGGCCACGAAAGCCUGGAACUUGGAGAUCUUGAGCUUGCGGGCCAUGAUGGCGAGCUUGGAGUCGGCCACCUCGAGAUGCCGCCCCACCGGGUGCGAGUAUAUAGACGGAGGCAUAAAGAAGAAGUAAAAAUAUUUAUUUUCAACAUGGCGGAGAUUGCUGCGGAGGAUCUGCCCACGCGGUGGGAGAUCGAGCUGGAGUACCUCACGUACCUGGCACAGACGGGGUAUUUGGAGGACGAGAGGUUUCUGAACUACCUGCGGUACCUGGAGUACUGGCGGCGGCCCGAGUACGCGAAACAGCUUGUCUAUCCAAACUGUUUGUACGUGCUGACGAUGUUAAAGAGCGAACAGUUCCGCAAGGACAUUGCAAAGGCUGAGCUGAGCUCGGUGUUGUACAACGACAUGGUGGAGCGGUGGAAGGAGCCGUUGCGGGAACAGGCAAAGGAGUCCACCGAGGAACGGGCCCCAGAGAUCAAGCAAGAGCCGGCCGACCUUUCCAAAGACCCCAUCUACGACCACUGCUUCUCACAGGACCGCAAGACCGUUGCGAUCUCGCGGCAGAACGACGUCGAGAUCUACGACCUUUCUGUUGCCGGCAAGCCCCGUCUGGUGACCGUGCUCAAGCACCACGACAAGGCCGUCACUGCGCUGGAUAUCAGCACGGACGGCAAGAUUGUCACCUGUUCGCAGGAUAGAAACGCUUUGGUGUGGGAACCAACACCGUCCGGCGAGUACAAGCCCACAUUGGUGCUGCUGCGUAUCAACAGGGCAGCCACCAGCGUGAAAUGGAGUCCUUCCGGAACAAAGUUUGCGGUGGGGUCUUCAGCCCGCGUGGUGGCGGUGUGCUACUUUGAGGUGGAGAACGACUGGUGGAUCUCGAAACACAUCAAGAAACCGCUCAAGUCGACCAUUUUGUCGCUGGACUGGCACGAGAACAGCGUGCUGCUGGCGUGCGGGUCCACAGACGGCCAUGUGCGGGUUUUCUCCACGUUCAUCAAGAGCAUUGACGCGAAGCCGCCCUCCACCGUGUGGGGGGAAAGACUGCCGUUCCAAACCCUGUGUCUGGACUACAACGUGGGCUCGUGGGUGCACGACGUCAAGUUCGACCCGUCGUUCUCGUUUCUGGCCGCAGUCGGCAACGACUCCAGUCUGUACGUGGUGUACCCGGGCCCGGGCGAGCAGGAGGUUGCGGGCGUUUUCAAGGCCACCACGUCGUACCUGCCGUUCAAAACGGUGCUUUUCGCGUCGCCUAGCAAGGUGAUUGCUGCGGGCCACGACUGCCACCCGAUUGUGUUCGAAGGCGGCCCGAACGGCUGGCAACAAACGUCUGCGAUCGACGACCCGGCCACCAAGAAAACCGCCGCCAGCGAAAGCCAGUCGGCACUCAACAUGUUCCGGCAGCUCGACCUGAAAGGCUCCAGCGACGCGAAAAGCGGCCACCUGGCAACCGUCCACCAAAACACCAUCAACGUGCUGCGGCCGUUCCAGCAAAACGGCACCGACGUGCUACGGUCACCUCCUGCAGCUCGCGCUCCGCCACCUUGUCGUCGGCAUGGUGAUGGCAUUGGACCCACUCCAUUGGCCCAAGAUCUGGAUCAUGAUGCACGUGAUCAUUCUAAUGCGGAUGCUUCUCACCGUGGCCAGCGACUUGAGGUUGUUCCAGAACGAGGAGCCGUUGAUGGCGUCCCGCUCCACCUGCAGCUGGUCGUUGAUGUCGGCGAUCUCCGACAGAAUGUACGGGUGGUCUGGCUCAAGGUGUCUGAGCUUGCUAAAGUUGAUCUGUGCCUGUUCGAUGCGGCCCUUUUUGAUGAGCCAUCUUGGCGACUCGAUGCAGAAGAUGAAGGAGAGAAUAAAUAUGGUGCCGGCAAGAACGAUCUUGAUGGACGUUGGGUACACCCACUGGUUGCGGCCUGUUUGGUGGAGCGCUGUGCCGUAGUUGGCGAAAUAGGCCAGCAUGAUACCGAAAUACACCGCACCGGCGAAAAUGUUGUUGCACGUUCCUCUGAUGGCUUUUGGAGCACACUCGGAAAUGUAGCACGGUCCACAAACAACAGUGGUACCGAUACACAAACCUUCAAUCAACCGGCCAGCGUACAACUGGCCCACUUUGUGGCUGGUGAUCUGGAUAAUUGCAGCAAUGGCCCAAACAAAACAUCCCAGCUGCAUCGUUCUGAUUCUUCCCAAACUCUCUGCAGCAUAAAUAGAAAAAAGAGCUCCUCCGAUGGAACCCAACUGAACCAUCGACGUGAUGUUGGAUUUCAGGUUGGCGAGCUGGUCGGCGGUCUUUGA